GGUUUCCCCUAAUCCCCCUUUCUAAUUUAUCAUCAACAAAAAAAACCCUAGCUCAAAAAAAUUGAGCUGAAUCUUCUCGGUUCAUCCAUGGAGAAUUCUCGUUCCUGCAAGAGUUGUCAAAAGCAUACAAUCGGUUCAGAUGACACAACAGGUAAUCCCGUUUGUUUAUCAUGUGGAACUUUACAAGAUUACGAUAAUUACGAUGCCCAAAUCGGUGGAAUUAGUGGUCCAACCGGAACACAAGUCCGCACCGGCACCGCCGGUAGCGGAACAGUUUAUAACUACAACGAAACAAAAAUUUACAAUGCCCAGAAAGAAAUCGAAGAUUUAAUGUACCAAUUAGGAUUUUCGAGCUUGAAAUCUAGUGAAGUUAAGGAUAUGGUAGUGAAAGUUACCGACGGAGAAUACGGGCAGGGUAGAUGGUUUACAGUAUUAAUAGGUGCUUGUGCUUGUAUUGUAAUGAGGAUAGAUGGGAAGCCGUUGGCUAUUGUUACGGUAGCGAAUAUAGUUUGUUGUGAUAUUUAUGAAUUGGGUAGGAUGAUUUAUCGGGUUGUUGAUUUUCUUGAUUUGAAGUUGCCUGAAUUUGAUAUUGUUGAUUCGUUCGAGCAUUAUAUUAGGAAUGCUCCGAGCUUUAGUGAGGUUUCUGAGGAUUUGAUUGGGAGGAUGUUGAAACAGGGUGUUUUUUUGGUGCAGUGUUUGGUGAAGUGGUAUGUGACGACGGGAAGGAGGCCGUUGCCUGUUGUGGCAGCAGUAUUGGUGUUUGUUGCGCAGUUGAAUCAAGUUGUUGUGGUGAUUGAAGAUGUGGCGAAUGAGUUGCAAGUGGCAGUUGUUACUUGUAGGUUGAGGUAUAAGGAGUUGUUGGAAAGGCUUGUGAAGGUUGCUCGAGGUUUGCCUUGGGGUGAGGAUGUUACGGUUAAGAAUAUUAUGAAGCAUGCGACUUUCGUUAUUCAAUACAUGGAGUUAAAGUCAAUGUCGAAGAAUAGAAAUAAAAAUAAGAAUUUUGAGGAUGUUGGGUUUGAUCUGGAUUAUUUGAUCGAUGAUUGUUUGAGCAACGGAAAUGACUAUGCUUUAGAUGCCGAUGACACCGUAAAUGACUCGCAGUACUUUACGAUGGAUCACUCUAAAAGGUUGAGUAUUGAAGGUCCAAAUAGAUUCCAAAUUUCCCAAGAGUGUUUGGCAAUGAUUUAUUCGAAGAUGAAGGAUGAAAUGCAUGUACACGAGUCGACACAUAGCAAAGAUAAUAGCAUUAGGAAAAGAAAGAGAGGAUAUGGCAUGCUUUCAUACACAGAUUGGUGGAAGGGCGAAUCAGAAAUGAGCAAAAAGCUUUUAGUGAAGCAAAUAGUGGAGAAAGAUGUGGGCUUAAGUGUUAUGCCUCCUUCUUUUGAUAGUGGUUGCUUGGCAUAUGAAAGGAGAAAAGAGAAGAUAAAAGCUGCAAAGUAUCGAAUCCAUAAGACAAUGUAUCCUUCGGAUGCUAGUUCAAUUGAUACGAUUGAUGUAGGCUCCCUCGAACACGUAAAUGCUGGAAAGAGAAGGAAAAGGAAAAUGAAAUGUGAUGUUGAUUGGGAGGAUUUCAUUAUUGAAACCCUUCUGCUUCAUCAGGUGGAAGAAGUGGAGAUAGAAAAGGGAUAUUACAAGACCCUGAUGGACUUGCAUGUUUUCAACUAUUGAAGAUCUAACCGGUCAGCUCAAACCAUUAUGUCAGUUUAUGUAAAACUAUUGCAGAGAAAAUUUUGUUAUGUUUCUUUGACCAAUCCUGCUAGAGUAUAGGGUAACUUUUGUUAAUAUUUUCAAUCAGUAGAUUUGCGUGAGUUCCAUACUGGUGGAAUUUAAACAUAUAUAUUCUGUUUCUUUGGGUCCUAUCUUGCACCUGUAACAACUGUCUUUUUAUUUAUUUUUCUAAGAUGAGAAGUUCCGUUUUUCCCAGCAAAUAUUCAUUUUUUAGUCAUAGUGAGAAGUUCUCUCUUGUAAACUAUCUUGCUCUUAGCCCCAAGGCCUAGCUCGAGUGGAAAAAGGUGGAGGAUUUGUGGCUAGGUUGCAGGUUUCAAGCCCCACACUAUGCAAAGUGAAGCUCAGUAUUUGGUGGUGAAGGGUAGAGGGGCGGGCCCAUCAUCCACAGUGUUUAGAAGGCUGUGAUUGGUUCAAAGGGUGGGUCACAGAUGGAUUUCUCGGAGCUUAGGACUCAAUUUUCUUUUUGAUAGGUAGUCAUUUUUUAAGUUUUUAUGCAACACCUUUUCAUGCUGAAUACUAUGGUGAUUUGAGGGUCCAUAGAUGGUAAUCAAUGACAUUUUUAUGUCAAGUUGAAAGGAUUUAUUUGUAGAACAGUUAUUUGUCCAUCUUCACCGAUUAGGAUCAUUGCUUUUCUGCUACCAAAGGGGAACUCAGAGUGUCAAGAUUGCAGGGAAUUAUAAUUUCAGGAAAUCAAACACUUUUUUAGGCAGCUCUUCUGAUAAUUUGACGCAAUCUUUAUUGGACAUUUAUUUAAAGAAGUAAGAGACGAGAUGUGUAUGUUCGAUUAACAAAAUGAAGCAAAUGCUGAACAAUUCAUUAAUAAAUGCUGAAUGGUUAAUGGUUAUACAUCCAAUCCUAGUUCAUGUAGACAGAAACUUCCUGCCAGCAUUUGCAUCAUUGAAUAAAUCUCUUUAUUUUCAAAAGAAAAAGUUCUUUAUAUCUUCAAAGUGACUGAGGUAUUUAUAGUUGUAGUAUCGUUCACUUUGGGUAGAGGACAGAGUCCCCUGGAGAUCCCAGAAAGUAAUGCAGUUCAGUGCACGAAACAUCCCGUGUUAGUAGGGUCUGGGAAGGGCCACACCAAAAGGAUUUUGAUGUAGACCUAAUGCAAACAUUAGUGGCUUCAGGGUCUGGGAAGGGCCACACCCAAAGGGUUGUGAUGUAGACCUAGUGCAAACAUUAGUGGCUGCUUCCACAUCUCGAACUCGUGACCUAAGGUCACAUGGAUACAACUUUACGGUUGCUCCAAGGCUCCCAUUCCAGAAACUUAUGCAAAAUACGGACAAUUAAAGCUCUCUAGCUGUUCCACUAUCAGACUUCAUAUUAUUUUCACUCUUGCUUCUGUUGAGCUUCCACAAUUUUGUACACGAGUACAUAGAAUUAGCUUUUAUCAUAUCUCAAAAUUGUUCGGUCUAUUUAGUUGACUUUAGCAGUCAUUCUCCUGCCUUUAAGACAAAAGAAGGAUCUGCAGUGAUCAAUACCAAUUCAUUUUUAGUUGAUAUUCCUGAUAUCCUUUGGUGUGGGGGAUGGGGAUGAGUGGUAGGUUCUUGGUUUAGUCUUAUUUUGAGAAACUUUUGGUUAGGAAGAGGAAGUUUUGAUGCAGUUUACAUUUCCAAAGUGCCGAUGAAGGUGUGCUUUUUCACUUGGCUGGCUACUAGAGGGGUGAUCCUGGCAACGGAAAAUCAUAGACGGCAGAAGGUUGUCUGCGUGAGCUGGUGUUAUUUGUGCAUGGAGGCGGGAGAGGAUGUAGUUGCGUAGUUCUUUCAUUGUGGUCUUUCCAUGAGUUAUGGUGGGAUAUGUUUCAAAUAAUGUGGUACUUCUUGGGCUAUGCAAAGAAUUGAUGUUCAGUUCGAAGUGUGGAAUUAAGGAGGAGAAGAUGCGGUAUUAAAGUGGGUGGUGUAGAGAGAGAGAGAAAUAUGGGACCUUUUGAAGGGGUAGAGUCGAGCUUUUCUCAAUUGAAAAGUAACCUUUGAUCCCCUUUUUCUUUAGAGUUCCAAGUUGUAUAGAAGAUCGGGUGGAUUUAUGGAGAAUCAUAUUUUGUUAUAGAUUCAUUACCUUAUGGUACAUUCCUUGUAUACGACCAGGACUUAUACUAUAUGUAUGAAUGAAUAUACGUUCACUUGAUAAAAGUAAAAUCAAGAUUAACCGAGAUGAAGUUUUCUGCUAAUUUACAGAAGCUUCGUGCACAAUGGUGACAUUUUCAGCAAAUUUGAGGUAAGGUUCGCAUUCAAAUUGCAAUAAGUUUGGUUAUUCCGUAGCAUUAAAUUGAUUUGACAACUGCAGGAUGCAUUGACAGGAUGGACGAAAAGAAUACCUCUUCCUCCUUGUAUUGUACUUGUUUUUAUCUAGAAUUCGUGUCACUUCUGUUCUAUGUUGUGAUUUUCAGCUUAAGGGGCAGAAACAAAUGUUAUUUACUGAUGAUUGUGAACAAACCUCCCAAGCUCGGGUUGACUAUCAAACAGGUUCAAGCGUAGGAAGAAAUCAAAACAAGUGCAGACAAAAACAUAUAAAUCUGAAGAUACGCUUUCUCCCGUUACUGUCCAGCUGCAAAAGCCUCAACCGGAAAAGUUUUCGUGAUGCCAGCAAGGCUCUUGAAGUGAAUCUUGCCAGUAGGAGGGUCGUCCACUGAGAUGUCACCAACUGGAGGCCAUAACAUCAGUUCCUUAGCCUUCACUCCCUUGAGCUUCUUGAUCCUGUUCUUCUCGACGUAUCCUGUUAUUUCAGCACCAUAACUCACCAGCUUACUAAUCAUCUUAAAGUUAUGUUCAACUUUUUUAGUUUGCAGGAUCCACAUGUACCCAGUGGUCUUCACAAACCCGACUUCGAUCACAUCAGCCAGAGGGAGAAGCCCUGCUGGGAGUUGAUAUUCUUCAAGAAGGGAAAGGGCCAUUUUUAAGCCUUCCUCAUGACCCUUCUUGACAAUUGCUCCUUCCUUUUCUGCCAUGACUUGCCUCACUUUUAAUGACCUUUUGUUGCUGUUAUGCUUAUCUGAUUGAGGGAACUGAAUUUUAUAGUAUGAUUUUUGCAUGUAAAGAGACAAAACUUAAUGGAGAAUACAAAGAAAUCAACAUUGUAUUAGCCACCAAA